AUGAAAAAUGUAAGAGAAAGUAAUUCAUUUAGUAGAUUCAAGACAAGACAAAAGUCAAGAUCUAAUGAUCAAAAUUCUUAGAUUCUAAAAUUACAAAGUUAAUAAUAUGUUAAAAGUAAAACAACAUGUCUAUUAUUAGAAUUACCUCCUAAAGCUUAAUAAGUGAGUUUUCAUCUUUUACCAGAGAGUUAUUAAGGAUCUAAAACAAAAUAUAUGGUUUAAUAAGUCAUACAAGUAUAAUAAAUUUCAAUAAUAUUAUAGAAACCUUCAAAUAAAGUAUUAAAUGAUACUCAUAAUUACUUAUCUAGUAAAUAUUAGGCAAAUAAACUUAUCAAUAAAAAUAGUUUUGUAAAGAAUCAUUCUAAAAAAAUACAUUCUAUGAGUUAUUAUCAUUGUAAUUGAUAUAUACAAAUAUAUUUUUUAGAUGAUAGCAUAUAAAAUGAGAAUGAUGAAUUAUGUAUGCAUUAUAACAACUUGUCCAAUGUAUCUUUCAAAGAAUAUAUGGAUGCAGAAAGUAUAAAUACAAAUAUUCAACAUUAGCACGUGCCAACAAAAUUUCAUCUGAUAAAUCUUAAGAAAUUAUUGAAGGCAAAAAACUAUUGAGUUUAGGUUAAACUGAAGAAGCAUAAAAGUUAUUUGAAGAAAUUCUUUAAAACAGUAAUAAUCCUGAAGCAAGAUAUUUAAAUGGUCUAUGUCAUUUAAGUAAAUCUGAAUUCUCAGAAGCCAUUGCAGAUCUUAGUCUAUUGAUUUAACAAUAACCACUCUAUAAAAGAAAUGCAUAUAUUCUCUUAGCAAUUGCUUAUAAAAAAUCAAACUGUCCAAACGAUGCUUUAAAUACUGUAUUAUUAUUGAUUAAAUUUAGUUAACUCUUUCUAUCAAAUAAUUUAAUAAAUAUUUUGAUGCAUAUAUAUAUAGAGGCAAACUAUUGUUGAAAAUGAAAUAAUUUGAUCGUGCUUUAAAGGAUUUUACUUGUGCAGUUGAAAUAUAGCCAAAAAAGGCCAUAUCUUAUAUUGGAUAGGCUGAUUGUUACAGAUAUAUGAAUCAACCAAAAUUAAGUGUUUAAGCUUGUACUCAAGCUAUAGAAUGUCAAGAUUCUUCCUUCAGAUAAGCACUUAUUAAAAGAACUUUAUUAUAUAUUGAUUUAAAAGAAUAUGAUUUGGCUCUUUAAGAUAUUUAAGCUGUUUUGGAAGAAGAUUAUUGUGAUUCUGAAGCUCUUUACAUUAAAGGUUUCAUUUGCACUAAAAAAAGUAUAUUAAUAUAUAAUUUUUAGAUUAAAUUUAAGAAGCCUUUCUUGCAUAUGAGUAAUCAAUUAAACACAAUAAUUCAAAAAAAGCAGUUUCUAAAUCUUUGUAUGAAAUAGCUAAAAUUAAAAUUGAACAAAGAGAUUUUUAUGAAGCAUUUUAUUAAUUAAGUCGUGCUGAUUAUUUAGAUGUAGAUGAGAAGAUCUUAGAGAAAUUUAAGAUUUUUACUGAUGGAGUUACAUUCUUAAUGAAACGUAAAUUUGAUGAAGGAGUAGACACUCUUACAACACUUAUUACCAAACAUUAGGUUACAGAUUUUUUGAAACCUCUUAUAUUUUAAUAUAGAGCUUAUGGAUAUUUUUGUCAAUCAUAAUAUUAAAAGGCACUUAAUGAUCUCAAUUAAUUAACAUCACUUGAAAAACCUUCUAUUUAUAAUAAACUUAUAGCUGAAGGUAUCCUUGCUGCUGUUUCUAAUUAAUUUGAACAAUCUCAAGGAUUCUUUUUAAAAGCAUAAAAAUUAAUGCCAAAUAAAAUGGAACCAUACUUUUAUAAAGCUACUACAUUAGUUAAAUUCUAUAGUUAUCUUAUUCCAAAAGAUGAUAUAGAGAAAAAAAAUAAAUUUUUGAAUGAUGCCAUUAAAUAUAUGGAUAUGGCAGUCAAAAUAAAUGAAUAAUCUAAUCUUUUAUUCUAUAGAGGGAUUGUACUUUUUGCAUAAGGAAGAUUAGAUGAUUCCCUAAUAGAUUUAGAUAAAGCAAUAGAAAAAUCAGAAGAUCAUGUAGCAAAACAUUUUUAUGUAAGAGGGUUAAUAUAAGCAUGUAGAGAAGCAUAUGAACCAUCACUUAAUGAUUUAACAAUAGCAUUAAAUUUAGAUGAAAAACUUGUUGAUGCUUAUUUAAAUAGAGCAAAAGUAUUUCUAUUAUUGGGAGAUAGGAAAAAUGCAUAUUAUGAUGCUCAAAAAUACAAAGAAUGUAAAUAGAAUGAUCCAUAAACAGAUAUUAUAUUAGGGAAUUUAUUUUUUUAAAUAGGAGCAUAUGAAGAUGCUAUUCAAUCUUAUUCUAAAAGUAUAAGUUCAGAAAAAAGUUUAUAAGUUUUAUAUUUCAGAGCAAAAACAUAUAUUGUAAUAAAAGAAUUAAAUAGUUCUAUGUUAGAUUUAUAAAAAAUAGUUGAAUAAUCUAAUGAUAUUCAUGCAAUUGUAGAUUUAAAUGUUUUAUAGUAAUUAAAAAAUACUUCAACUGCAAAUAAUGAUUAGAAUAUAUUUUAAGAAGCUCUAUAAUGUGUAAAUCAAAUUUUAAAAAAAGGAGCAGAAGGAAAGAUAUUUAAAAAAUCUGAUAUUUUGUUUUAUAAAGGUUUAUUUUAAUUCUAUUUAAAAUAAUAUGAUAGUGCUCAAUAAUCAUUAAGAGAAUCAUAUAAAAUUAAAGAGGAUCUAUAAAAAAAGGAAUUAGGAUCUAUGAAUGAUUCUGAUUAAUAUAUUUUAGAUUAAUUAAAUUAAACUUAAAAGAAAGUAGAAUUUAAAAGCAAACCUUUAGAAGAAUUUGAAUUUAGUGAUAGAACUUAUAAUCUAUAUGAAUAUUAUUUCAAUAGAUCUGCAAUACAUUUAUUAUUAGGAUAGAGUGAAUCUGCACUUCAUUAUUUAGAAUAAUUAUAAGAGAAUAUUUAAUAAUUAGAAAUCUAAGAACAUCUUUCAUUAUUUAUUUAAUUAUUAAAGGAUGAUUAAAAUCCUAAAAGUGAAAUUAAUUGUGAACUUUCAAAAUUGACUGAAUUUUUAAUAUUUCCUUAACAUAAUAGAUUAUGUUCAAUCUAUCCUAUGAUUAAAUUACCUUUAAAGAAAUAUAAAUAAAAUUUAUAGUUAAGAUUAUCUUUUUGUUUGCCAACAAUAGAGAUUCCAGAAAUGAAUAUUAAAUUUGAUGAUAAAUUAAUUGAAACAAUUAGUGUAUAAAUCUAUUUAUAUACAAUUUUAGCCAACUGUAGUUGAAAAUAAACCAGAAGCACCUUGGAUUAAAAGAACAGCAGAAGGUGUAAUAUUUACUGAUAAUGUUCAAAUAGUUGAAGAUUUAGAUCUACAAUCAACAACAAGAUAAUCAAAAAAAUAAACAGAAAUUGAAGAUCCAGAAUUUUAAUAAUUUGAAGAUUAAUUAAAUCAUGCAAUUGAAAAAUAUGAUUAUAGUGAAAUAGAUUAAUAAGAUGAUAUUGUUGAAUAACAAAAUUAAGCUUUAGAUUUACAAUAACUUAAACAAAAUUUAAUGUUAGAUUCUAAAAUUGCAGACAAAUUAAAUUCCAUUCUAUAAAAAAAAGCUUAAAAUUGA